UGCGUCACUUCAGCAGCGCGCAGGAACCUUCACGACAUGACGCUGAUAGACGUGCUGAUCAUAGACACUUAAUAAACGAUUAUAAUCAGAAUAUUAUUCAUUCAGACCGAUCAGAAGCCGCAUCUGCAGUCGGGCUGCCGCGCUUCCCCGUCACAGUCAGUGUAAUGCGGCUCCGCGCCGCUGGGCGUCAGUCCGCGCGUCGCGUCUGCAGCUGCGCGAAGCCUCUGCUCGCUUUCUGUCCGUGAUGGCGGAACGCAGCGGCGACGGUCGUUCAGCGCAGUGAACCUCGAGCCCGAACGCGUCCCGGUACCGGCCGCACUGAAUGACAGUCGAGUGAGUCGUUAUGAGCCGAAGCUCCAGGAUGAGAUGAGAGCCGAACUGAGCCGAUCUGCGCUUCUGCUGCCGAGUGGUGUUUAGACCGGCGUGAUGACGGAGGAGCGAUGUCCUCAGCUGGUGGAUUAUUUCGUGGUGGCGGGUCUGGCGGGCGCCGGGUCUCCGCUGGACGAGGAGGGUCAGCAGAGGGGCGUGAGAGCGCUGCAGCCCGUCACUGAUCUGGCCGUGAUCGCCCGUGGCCUCGGGGAGGACGUUCCUGAGGGGUUCACCUGCAUCGAGAAGACACAGGGAGGCCAUCCGGCGGAGCUGAGCGCAGGCCUGCUCAACAACACACACAUGUUCCUGUGCUACCGCAGAGGACACGACAAACCGCCCCUCGUCGAGCUCGGUGUUCUGUAUGAGGGGAAGGAUCCGGUCCGGCCGGGGUGGCAGGUGAUCGAGACGACGCCGUACAGUCGUUCUGCGAGCCUGAGCUCCGGCGGUCCCACAAUGCACCGCACCUUCCUGAUGUUCCGCCGAGCGCCGGACUCACAGGCGCUGAACACGCUGGGCGUCACCGAGAUCUCACUGCUGAUGCCGAGCAAGGGCGAGACGGCGCCGCACACCUACUGCAGAGUGGACAAGAACCUCAACACCGGCAUGUGGGGUCCGGCGCUGUAUCUCUGCUACAAGCGUUCAGUGGCUAAAGCAAACGCUCUGGUGUACGAGGCAGGUCUGAUCAGCCGGUAUCCUGAGGAGGAUCUGGAGUCGUUUCCGCUGCCGGACUCUGUCCCGGUCUUCUGUCUGCCGAUGGGAGUGACGGUGGAGAGCUGGCCGCUCAACACUAAAUACCAGCUGCCCGUCUUCUCCACCUUCGUCCUGACCAGCGCCUCCGGAGACAAGGUGUACGGCGCUGCGAUCCAGUUCUACGAGGCGUACCCCCGCGAGUCUCUGUCGGAGCGUCAGUGUGUGCGUCUGGGUCUGCUGAGCGUCGUGGACCGGCGGCCCAUCACCAACCGCAGCGUCCAGGUCAAGAAGAGCAUCUGCGUUCUCUCACACUGGCCCUUCUUCAGCGUCUUCCAGAAGUUCCUCACCUUCAUCUACAGAUACUCCAUCUCUGGACCACACUGUGAAUGUGUGCUGCCGCUGGAGAAGCACAUCUCGAGCUUCAUGCACAACGUCCCGUUCCCGUCCGCGCAGCGUCCUCGGAUCCUGGUGCAGCUCUCUCCGUAUGAUAAUCUACUGCUCUGUCAGCCCGUGUCGUCUCCGCUGCCGCUCAGUGGGGCCAGUUUUGUGAAGCUGCUGCAGAAUCUGGGUCCGGAGAACGCGUGUUCGCUGCUGCUGGCGGUUCUGACCGAACACAAGCUGCUGCUGCACUCGCUGCGGCCCGAUGUUCUGACGUCCGUCAGCGAGGCGCUCGUCUCCAUGUCGUUUCCUCUGCGCUGGCCCUGUCCGUAUAUCCCGCUAUGUCCGCUGCGGAUGGCAGAUGUGCUGUGUGCUCCCAUGCCCUUCAUCGUGGGCGUCCACUCCAGCUACUUCGACCUGUACGACCCGCCGACCGACGUGGUGUGUGUGGAUCUGGACAGCAACACCAUCUUCCAAUCUGAAGAUAAGAAGCCUCUGUCCUGGAGAUCUUUGCCGAGGAAACAUGGGAAGAUCCUGCUGAACUCUCUGUCCAACCUGCACAAAACUCUGGAGAAGAUCUAUACUCCGGGUCAGGAGGAGGCCACGCUGGAGUUCCUGCUGACGGACUACGAUCUGAUCUACGGCCGUCAGAAGCAGCUGGAGCUGGAGAUCCAGGAGGCCUUCCUGCGCUUCAUGAGCAGUUUGCUGAGAGGAUACCGAUCCUUCCUGCUGCCCAUCACACAAGCGCCCUCCGACCGCACCACGGACUGCAGCUCGCUCUUCAACCUGCAGGGCUUCCUGAAGUCUCGUGACCGAACGCAGCAGAAGUUUUACACGCAGCUCACGAAGACGCAGAUGUUCACGCAGUUCAUCGAGGAGUGUUCGUUCGUCAGCGACCGUCACGGCUGCCUCGAGUUCUUCGACGAGUGUGUGCAGAAGGUGGACGUGGAGAAGCCGGAGGACGUGCGUCUGAUCGACCGUGACGAGUGUCACAGCGGGGAACACACGGUGUUCAUCAUGCCUCCGGAGGAGCCGCAGGAAGCUGACGGCUCAGAGUGUCCCGCACACUACAGCUAUGACACGUUCCCAGUCCUCCAGUCGGAUCUGUUCGAUCGGCCGCAGGAUCAGCUGCAGAUUCCGGCUAAAGGAAGUGCCCCCAGUAGCCCCGCCCCCCGCCGCACCAAACAGGAGAUCAAGCUGGCGCAGAAGAAGGCGCAGAAGUACUCGACGGUGCCGGAGAUGUGGUCCAAGUGUCUGCUGGGUCACUGCUACGGACUCUGGUUCAUCUGCUUACCAACAUUCGUCAGAGCAGAGAGCAAUAAAGUCCGAGUGCUGCACGCCGCGUACGAGGUGCUCAAACACAUGGAGACACGCAAGGUGGUGCUGCCGGACGAGGUGUGUUACCGUAUCCUCAUGCAGCUGUGUGGUCAGUACGGUCAGCCGGUUCUCGCGGUCAGAGUUCUGCUGGAGAUGAAGCGGGCGGGAAUCACACCCAACACCAUCACAUACGGAUACUACAAUAAAGCGGUGCUGGAGAGCAAAUGGCCAUCCACCAAUCAGGGAGGGCGUCUUCGCUGGGCGAAGCUUCGUAACGUGGUAUUGGCCGUGGCUCAUUUCAGGCAGCCAAUCAAACAGCAGCAGAGGAGCGCAUCAUUCAGCAGCCACGCAGGAGACGUGCUGUCUAAGCCCCGCCCCCACUCGGCUCUGAUUCGUAAAUACAGCUGGAGCGGGUUGAGUGACAGCUCGAGCCACGAGUCGCUGACGAGUCUGGCCAAGAGCAACAGUCUGAGCAGCGUUCAGGCGUCAGGAAGCAAGGUGAAGCUGUCAAAUCAAGCAGCUGCGCAGGCGACCGCAGCCUCACGCAAGCCUCCCGCCGGCCGCCGCAACACGCUGAGUCCUCCAGCGCCGGUGCUUGUGCGCCGCAGCGACGUCUGCCUGUCCACCUUCUACACAGACUGCGCAGAGACCGCAGACGCAGACUGCAGAGGUCAGCCGGAGAGGGACAGCAGGUCGGUGGAAGUGAGGGAGACUCUGAACAGGAAGUCGGUGGAUGAAAACUACAACAACGUGUCCUCUCCGAGCCGCGGUCUGGCCGGGAAACUGCAGCAGCUGCUGACGCCCACGAGGAACCGCGCAUCGGUGCGACGGGCCGCUAGCGUGGGUGACCGGCGGCCGGGAGCGAACGGACACCUGCACCGCACAUCGGAGCAGAAACAGUCCCGCAAGAGCCAGAUGACCGAGAGUCUGCUGAAGGCCAAGGAGCGGCUGUACAACGCCACGUCUGAGAGCUCUCUGUCUGUAGGGAGUGACAUUGACAUGAUGGACACCCAGACACUGGCAGUUCCUCUCAGGAAGUCGUGGGAUUCUGCACAGGAAGGGGCGGGCAUUGAGGUGCUGAUGUCGAGCUGCUCGCUGUGCCGCAGCUGUAAUUCUCUGGUGUAUGAUGAGGAGAUCAUGGCGGGCUGGUCGUCUGACGACUCCAAUCUCAACACCACCUGUCCGUUCUGCUCCGCGCCGUUCGUCCCGCUGCUGAACGCAGAGAUCUGUGACCCGGGGCCCGUCUGCAGUAACCUGAGUGCGGAGGAUGAGCUGGAGAAUAUCAUGCGUCCUCGCGCCGCUCCGGACGACACGCUCCAGCCCCUGUGUAACGGCGCCAGAGAGACGGACUCCAGCUCCGAGACCAGCAGCCAAUCAGAGAGCAGCGUGCCGUCAGUGGGCGGAGCCCCGCAGGUGACGGUGGCGUACCUGAGCCCGCUGGUGCUGCGCAAGGAGAUGGAGAGCCUGCUGGAGAACGAGGGCGAUGCUGUUCUCUCUCAGGUCCAGCUGCUGGACAGUCACUCCAUCCUCUUCUGGAAUCUGGUGUGGUACUUCACUCGCCUCGGCCUGCCCAGUAACCUGCUGCAGCUGCUGCGGACGUCUCCGCUGACCGCACGCCUCACACAGGGGUCAGAGGGCGCGGCGGUGCGUGUGAGGCUGCUGUGGGACACACUGACCCCAGAUACAGAGCAGUGGCCGGCGCUCUACAUGCUCUGGAGGAUUCACAGUCGCGUCCCCAUGCGCAACUACAGCUGGCGGCAUCACAACCAUCCCUUCAACCUCAACUUCCUGGAGGAAGUGCUGCGCUGGAUCGGCAUGAAUGAGGUACACAAGGCCAUCACGCUCUUCCUGGAUACAGUUGCUAAGCAGCCUGGCACUCCGCGGAUACAGAGGAGUCUGUACAGAGAGAUGCUCUUCCUCACGGUGGCCGCUAUGGGCAAAGAUCACGUCGCUUCCUUUGACAAGCGUUAUAAAGCGGCGUAUGUGCGCUUGAGCAGCUCUCUGGGCCGAGAGGAGCUGAGGAGGAAGAGAGUCCAGCCGCCCAGUCCUAAAGCCGUGGACUGCAGACGCUGCUUCCUGCUGCCGCUGGAGUGCUGAACACACUUCACACACACACUCAUACACACACACACACUCCGCUCGUCUCGUCUUGUCUCGUCACGUCAUGUCGUGUCUCAUCGUCGUCUUCACACUGCUUGAGGAGGAAAUGCGAGACAGUCCAAGCACUUCUGCUGGUACGUUCACUGCAGAUGCAGCUGUGCAUUAUGGGAAAGUGUGACCCGUUCACCAAAACUGCUUCUGUAUCCCACAAUGCCGAGAAAACUGACACCUGCCCGCCCCUUCGGACUAUUUCAUAGGAUCUAGUGUGGCGUCUGGAUUUACAUCGUUUAUUUCUGUUCGUUUGAUUUCAUGGAACUCAGAGAUGACGAUCCGGUUGUAAACGCCGGAAGGCAUCAUGGGAGAUAAUUCUGCACUGGAGUGUUGCUCUGAGCUUCUUCAUGUUAGUGUGAGAUGUUUCCCGACCAGCAGAUCCAUCGUCUCUAUUCUGGACAGGAGAGUUCCUCUGAACCGUGUUUGUGUGUGUGAGAGAAAGCAGUGCUGCUGUCGAGCUACAAACACAUGUUUUAUUCAGUCAUUUUAAAGGCUUUCUCCUGGAGAAUCAUGACCCCCACUCAAACCAGCUGCUUUUAGCUUUGAGAUGUUAUUCACAAACAUCAAACACAUUCACCUCCAAACUCUCACUCAUGUGACGAACAGAUCAUUUACAGACAGAAAUCAUUCUGAAAUCAAUCUCUCAUUCAAACCUGUCUUUCUUCAGUGAAACACACACGAAGAGAUUCUGAGAAACGUCCCAGUGUUUUCUGUUCAUAUGAUGAAAGUCAGCGGGUCCAGAGUUUUUCGUUUCCCAAAAUUCUCCAAAAUACAUUUAUUCAUUUAUCAAAUUGUUAAUUUUCAAAACAUCAGAAGAUAUGAGGAGGGUGAAUGAUGGCUAAAUUGUCUCAUUAAAUGCACACAUCAGGGUUGAAUUUGUAGAUUUUAUUUUAUGCUGUUUUCAGUCCUGUCUGAUGAUGAUUUAUUUUUUCUAUAUGCAGUAGGAGUCCAGGAUAUAAUACAAAACGAUGAAGGAACUAGAUGCAUUCAGUCCAGCUGACUUCCUGUACAUUUCACAGUACAUUUUUAAUACCAGCAGAGCUAGAAGUUACAAUAUUUAAUUUACAACAAUAAUUUGUGAUACCAAUGAUAAUUUUCCAUAUUGUUUUGCUAUCUCUCUCUCUCUCUCUCUCUCUCUAAAUAUAUAUAUAUAUAUACACUUCAAAACACUUUACAGUAAGAUUUCAUUUGUUAAUGCAUUAGCUAAAAUUAACUGUUAAUUAGCAAUAUAUAUUUUACAGCAUUUAUUAAUCUCUGUUUUUGUUGGUUAAUAAAAAUUCUAUUUUUUAAAUUUAUUUGCAUGCUAACAGUGCAUUAACUAAUAUUAAUAGACUUUUGAUUUUAAUAAUGUAUUCGUAAAUGCUCAAAUUUGCAUUACUUACAGUUAAUAAAUGCUGUAGAAGUAUUUUUCAUUGUUCAUGUUAACAGAUGAAAGCUCACUCUAAAGUGUUGUCAAAACUUGACUUGAUUUUCUUUAAUCAAACAUGUGGUUCUGUUGGUUUGGUGGGGAAGUGUGAUCAGCUGUGAUUCAUCCGCUCUGCUUCUCUGUUGUGUCGGGAAGCGUCUCGUUCUCGUUUGCUCUUGAGUUUAUGUAUUUGUCUGAGCUUCUCCUCCUGGAGUGAAACUGCUGUGAUCUGUUUAAAAUCACUGUUACAGAGGAAACGCCCGUGUAGGAUUUAAGCCACAUUCGUUAGUCUUAAUUUUAUUGACGGGGAAUAUGAACUUGCUAGAAGAGUUUUAGUGGCAUUAGAGGAAGUGAUGUAAGAGGAAGCUGUAGUUUGUGCUCUCAUUCACUGCAGUAACCGCAGCGCAGCCGAGCUUCACUGCAGCAUGAACGUCUGCAUUUAUCCAGAGAACAGAGAUUAUAAAGCUAUAUUUAAGUUUUCGUGUGUUUGCUGUGCUAAUUUAUAUUGAUGUGACCUUUGACCUUUGUUGUGAAUGUUGUUUUGUUUUUUUCUUUUUUAAGAAAACAGUUUUAAGAACCCUCA